AUGUCCGGAAGCGGAAGGAGCGUGAGGGGUCAAAGGUCAUUGUGUCCCCGUCACGCGCGGCGGGGGCUGGGCGGCGGCGAGCCCUAGGCGGGGUCGAGAUGCCGUCGGAGCGGUAUCGCUGGGAGACCCUGGAGGCGCUGAAGGGCUCCAGCAAGGGGCAGCUGAGCUACUCGCGGGACUGGCUGCUGCGGGGUGAGGAUAUUUUGGAAGGAUGCAGGUCCCCUCCCAAGUUGUCGUCCUACUCUGGCUGGGUGCUGGAUCGAGUGAUCUCCCAGUCUCUACAGGAAACACCUCUCUCCCGAAGUUCAACGCCCAAUGAAUCCAUUCCCCCUACAGAUGACCAGCCGCCCUCCCUUGCAAAGACCACUUCUCCUGCCAGCCAGUUGCGCUCCUCACCACUUUCAUCUGCAGCACCCAGUGAAACAAAGUUUUGGUCUCCUUGCCUCAAAAAUAAUGCCGAAUUUCUCAAGACCUGCAAUGAAGAGGGCAAGAGGUUUUGGAGAGAUUGUGGCAAUGAAGAUCUUAGUUUGCUGGAGACAGACCAUGAUGUCCAUCUUAUGGUUCUACCAUCUAAAGUUACAGAAGUGGAAGGCUGCAUAUGGAUGUACGAGGAGGUCCAUAGGUUGAAAGGAAAGGAGGGGCUCAGGCAGCGGCAGGAGCAGCAAGAGCAGGUGGUGAGAGCGGUUUCUGAUAUGGCGAGUGAGCAGCUGAAACGCUUUGAUGAGCUGAAGGAAUUAAAACAGCACCAGGAAUACCAGGACCUGCAGGAAGUGAUGGAGAAGAGCUCCAGGGAGGCCCAGGGUCAGCAGGAGAAGUUGAAAGAGGAACAUCGACACAGAGCAAAGAUUUUAAACCUGAAACUUCGUGAAGCAGAACAGCAGCGGCAGCGGCAGGAGGAGUUGGAGCGUCUGCGCAAGGAAGAAGGCCAGGAAAGGUUGCGGCGCCUCUAUUCCAUCCAGGAAGAGGUGCUGCAGCUUAACCAACAGAUUGACCCCAACUACAGACAUAAAGACUUGCCAAGGAUAGAUCUCUCAGGGUUCAGUAACCGUGGCAACCAGAUCUGCGGGCUCGUGUCAGGGCUCAUUCGCACCACUAGUGAGAGAGGUUUCCCUACUCAGGUAGAUGUAGCCAACACUGAGCGAGCACUGCAGGAAAUGCGAGGGUUAAUAUCUAGCAUGCAACAAGAAAUUGCCACAGCUUUGGAAGAGAAAAGGAAGCGGGAUGAAGAAGAGGAGAGAGAGAGGCAGAAGGAGUUACAGAAACAAGAGCAGCUGAAGGCCCAGACUCCAGUCCCUGCACAACAUCCGCGUGGAAAAGAGCAGAAGGAAGUAUUAGGACUUCAGGUUAAGGCAGAGGAGAGCACAAUGCAGUGGUACCAGCAAUUGCAGGAUGCCUCUGACCAGUGUGUUGCUUCCUUUAGUGGAUUGACUGACUGCAAAGACAAUCAGGUGAAGCAUAUCAGAAUGGAUCUCCAGAAAGCAGCCAGCAUCCCUGUGAGCCAGAUUUCUUCCAUAGCAGGCUCUCAGCUAAGAGAGAUAUUUGACAAAAUCAAUAAUCUUCUCUCUGGAAAAUCUGUUCAGUCUGGAGGGCGAACUGUGUCGGUGACUCAACAUCCACAGGGUCUGGAUUUUGUUUAUUACAAACUGGCGGAGAAAUUUGUGAAACAAGGAGAGGAGGAAGUGGCUUCUCACCACGAGGCAGCUUUCCCAAUUGCUGUGGUGGCUUCAGGAAUCUGGGAAUUACACCCCAGGGUCGGAGACCUCAUUUUAGCUCACCUGCACAAAAAGUGCCCCUACUCUGUACCAUUUUAUCCUGCGUUCAAGGAGGGGACUCCCAUAGAAGAGUAUCAGAGGAUACUUGGUUAUCAAGUUAAGGAUUCCAAGGUAGAGCAGCAGGAUAAUUUCCUUAAACGGAUGUCUGGAAUGAUCCGUCUUUAUGCUGCUAUCAUUCAACUACGGUGGCCUUAUGGAAACAAACAAGUGAGUCACCCUCAUGGGCUGGGCCAUGGAUGGCGUUGGCUGGCUCAAAUGUUGAACAUGGAGCCUCUCUCUGAUGUGACAGCUACACUUCUCUUUGAUUUCUUAGAGGUGUGUGGCAAUGCGCUCAUGAAACACUACCAGGUCCAGUUCUGGAAGAUGCUGCUACUUAUCAGAGAAGACUAUUUUCACAGGAUUGAAGCAAUCACCAUCUCUGGACAGAUGGGCUCUUUAAUGCGGCUUAAGCAGUUCUUGGAGAAAUGUUUGCAGCGGAAGGAAAUUCCUUUACCAAAGGGUUAUCUGUCUUCUUCCUUCUGGAGGUCAUAAGUCGGUUCCUUCCCAUUUUCAUCUUCACAGGAGUUCAAAGAAUUUCCUGACCUGGCUUCUUAUUACAUUCAGGAACAAGAAUACGUAGAAAUGUAAAUCUUACAUUUGUAUUUACAUGGAUGCUGUGGAUAUUUUCAACUGAAACAUUUUUACCCAUCUUUGAUCCUAUUUUAUGUUGAACAGAAUUUGGAGCUUCAGUAACUUUUCUCAUGUAACUUAUUUUGCAAAUUAUUUUAAGCCAUCUGUUUGCAUUUGAUUAGCUUUACAGACUCUAUUGUGCAGUGCAUUAUGGAAUAUGAGAGGCUCCUUCACAUCUUGAACAAGUACAGUGAAUAAGUGUCAAGUGCAUAAACUUGUCUAAAUGCUCCAUUAGACUUCAGGGUUUACUUACAGUAAGCAAUGGCUUUCAGGUGGGAAUUUUGCUCUGAAUUGAUCAAUCUGUCACAGUUUUACAUGAAAUUGCAAAUAGAAAUACCUCAGUACUUUAGUCAUAUUAAGAUCUAAAUGUAAGAAAUCCUUCUGUAAAACUUUAUUUUUGCAUUUUAUGUGAUUAGGUAUUUUAAAAUUAUUGUUUCAUUGUUAACAGCAUUGGAGCCCAUAAGAAAAUUCAUUUUGUAUCUGGCUGCCUAAAAAUCCAAAGCAGCAAAAGAGGUGGUUAUGUUAACAAGGCUGAUUUGAUGUCAGUCAAAUGUCACUUUGUUCUUAAAGACAGCAUUGAUCUCUUCAUCUUUUCCCAAGGAAGGCCUUAAAAUCACCAGCUCUUUUGUUUUAACUUAGAAAUUCUGAUUUUUCCUAAUGAUGCAGCAUUCCUUACUUACCUGGGUUAGACUUGAUUUUACAGCUACAUAGGCAAUAUGAUGGCUGCUGAAGAACAGCUCACUGCUUUUUGUUUUUUGGAUUUUUUUAAAGGCUUUGCAUGUGUGUAAUAUCUUUACUGUGAGGUUCAUGAAACUAGAAGGAACUGUGCAUCUAUGAUCCACCAUAUGAAAUCUAGCUUAGAAUCAGUCUGACCAAAAACAAAAAAAAUUGGUGUGCGUGUCUUCUUCAGUACUGAUAUUGUCCUAUCACAUGAAGAAAUUAGAAGGUACAGUCCCCUUGGCUUGUCUAAAGAUGAACUGAACUGUGGUAUUGACCUAUGUAGAAAAAAGCCUUUAUGACUUGGGCAGAUGUGGUUUGUAUUAGUUUUACUGCAGUUUGUGUAUAAAGUACUGUAAUAGUUUUGUACUAAGAUAUUGUAAUGGUGAAUUAUUCUAAGAAUGGUUCAUUCUAGAAUCUUAUUUGAAAAAAAUGUUAUGUUUAAGACUCUUUUUAACCUAAAGCUGAUGCAGUUUACUUCUCUCUGUGUGUGCCUGUGAUGGUGCCAAGUAAGUUUCUGGGAAUCCCUAAUGGGUGUCUGUACCAAUAUGUUAUGGGAGGUCAGAUUGGGAGGUGAUUUUUGACAGUUAGUGGAGUGCACUCUGCCCAAGAGGCCAGAUAGCAGUUACGUGAAUCACAUAGUAUAGAAUUUGUUUUUAAUCCAGAAUCUUCCUCCACCUUCCCUCACUGCCCUGCUCAUUGGCUUCAACUUCAGCCUGGAGGGACCACAUCUAGUAUUGAGCGGGUAAUUCAGUUUGCAUAUUUAGUCAAUCUUUGACCUCUUUGCUGAGGUUUGACAGCCUUGGUAGUGAAAGCUGACAGCUAAAGUGAGUUGGAUACCUAAUCACUGGGAACUGGGCUGUACGCUCAUUUUUUGUAGCCCACUUACCAGCCACCAGAUGGUAGCCACUUGCUUGCUGUUGACCUGGCCUCUGUUUGAAGUAGUAUCCUAGAAUCAACUAGACCUCUCCUCUUCUUCUCCCUCUCCCUUUGUAUAUUUGAUGAAGACCCUUUAAUUCAGAAAUAGUUCCAGUAAAGGCUGUUCUAGCAAAAUUAAUAGCAUUUUACACUGUCAUGUUUUAUUGGCAUUUUUUUGUCACUGAGACCUCCAAAAAUGUUUAUAGUCUUUAGUGAAGAGCAAGUUUUGAGAGAGAGGAAAUUAAAUGAAAAUAAGUAAAAACUCAGACAAGAACAUGAUUGUAUGUAUUUGAGAAAUGACCAUUGAGGCAAAGUGUUUCACAAAACACUGCCGCAAACACUGUUUAAGCAAUAUUAUAACAAGAUUUUGAGUAUCUAUGAUGAAGUCAUCUACUGAUAAAGCUUAUGCUACAGUGUUUAAUAAUAUGUAUUUGUAUAGCUUAAAUUUUGUAUCUUGAACUUUCCCAGGAAGUACAUUUUAAAAACACUGUCCUUGAUACAAGUAGACAUUUUUUUUUUAAAGUCUGAUUGCCUGGAGUUGGUAAUACUGAUAGCUGUUCUAGAAUGCUAUUAAAAGGAUGCAGGGGGAGAUUGUCAAAAGCACAAAGGACAGUUAGGUACUCAAGUCCUAUUAGUGCCUUGUAAAGUUUAUCUCACUGUGCCUAUGUUUAGCGCAGCAACCAUUCCUAUAAUGAACAAACCAAAAUGUAUUCAAUUACAUCUUGAAUAUCUAAUGCUUACUAUUGUGGCCAUCUUGGAUAAUGUUUGUUUGAUAAUGCAAAAUAUUGAAUAUUUUGGUUAAAUAUUACAGAUUUUGUGUAAGUUCUAGUAUGGAUCAUGUUUUAUGACAAUAUGCAAGGUAGGAAGCUUUGUAUAUUUUGGGGAUAUUGAUGAAGGUGCAUGUUUUUAUAAAUACUAUAAGGAUGUUGAGCUUUUCUGCCUUACGUAUGAAAUAGAUUGCCAUGACAUUUUGAAACUAUAUUUAAAUGUAGCAAUAAAUUUAUUUUUUAAAAUGCUUCCACUUAAUGUAUUUGCAUAACCAAAAUGUAAUACAUACCACCUUUCCAAGGGUAGUUCAUAAUUGUAUCUAGUAGUGUCUAAUGUUGUAAGUGAAGUCUCAUUUUUUUGUUGCAACUGUUUUUUUCCAUUUCUGUCAAUUUGAGUGUUGGCUAUCUUGCCUUACCCAGGGUAUUUAAAGAUCUUCUCAAUGCAAAAUGUAUUUACAUAAUCCCAAAUGCAUUGAAAGGAUUUAUGUUUCAAGUAUGUAUGCGUGACAUUCAUUUCAAAUACAGUGUAAAUGGGAACAUCUCAGACAUGAAAUAUAGGACCUGAUCCAAUUUAAAUUGCUAUGACUCAUGCACUUCCUUAGAGAGAAUGGUUUCCUUGCAGUCCUAUAGGUUCUGAUGCAAUAUCUGUGGAAGAUUAUUUUUUCUAAUUAAUUGCUUUAACAACUUGCACAGGAGCUGAAAGAGAAUGUAUGUUUGUGUUUUUUAAUAAAGAACAAUUUAUAUAUUAGCUGUU